CGCUUUUUAGACAUUUGCUCGCUUCUCUCUUUCUUUCCGGCUCGUCACUGAGUCUAGUGGACACACUUUUUGUGUAUCGUUAAAAUUAAUUUUUAAGCCCCUGAUUAGAUCGCCGCAAUGGGGCGAGUCAUUCGUGCACAGCGUAAAGGUGCUGGAUCCGUCUUCACGGCCCACACCAAAAAGCGCAAGGGACAGCCUAAAUUGCGCGCCCUCGAUUAUGCCGAACGUCACGGUUACCUGAAGGGAGUCGUGAAACAAAUCAUUCACGAUCCCGGCCGUGGUGCCCCUCUGGCCGUAGUGCACUUCCGUGAUCCCUACAAGUUCAAGCUGCGUAAACAGCUGUUCAUUGCUGCCGAAGGUAUGUACACCGGUCAGUUUGUGUACUGCGGCAAGCGCGCUCAGUUGCAGAUCGGAAACGUUCUGCCGAUUGGUCUGAUGCCGGAAGGUACCAUUGUGUGCAAUCUGGAGGAAAAAACCGGUGAUCGCGGCAAGCUGGCCCGUACCUCAGGCAACUACGCUUCAGUUAUUGCCCACAACCCGGACACCAAGCGUACCCGUGUGAAGCUGCCGUCCGGUGCCAAGAAGGUUUUGCCAUCGGCGAACCGUGCUAUGGUUGGAAUCGUUGCUGGAGGUGGUCGUAUUGAUAAGCCGAUCCUGAAGGCUGGUCGUGCCUACCACAAGUACAAAGUGAAGCGUAACUGCUGGCCAAAGGUACGUGGUGUUGCUAUGAACCCCGUCGAGCAUCCCCAUGGUGGUGGUAACCAUCAGCAUAUCGGUAAGGCGUCGACCGUCAAGCGAGGAACGCCACCCGGUCGCAAGGUCGGUCUCAUCGCUGCCCGUCGUACCGGUCGUAUCCGUGGUGGUAAGGGUGACGAGAAGUUCAAGGAGAAGGAGAAGAAGUAAGGCGUUAGGCGGGAGAAGCGAAGCGGAAAUGUGUUUUUGGUAUGCGCUGAUAAGCUUAAGAAUCGAUAUCGUUGGGAGGAUUGGAAAUAAAGUAAUUUCAAUCUGAA